CUGGACUCGUGAUCAGACCCAAGCACAUGACAUGAAGCAGCUGCUGAUACAGCGGAGCCACAAGAGGGAAGAAGACGGGAACAGAGGUCUGAAUCAGAAGGCUGUUCUGCUUCAUUGGCAGUUUGGGAGUUAUCCCUUCCCCUCUCAACACACAUGUCGUAUGACAAGUUCCCUUCAGUAUUAAAUGUGCCCAAAAGAUAAUAAAUGAAUGAAAGAGAAGGACGGGUGGGUGGGAGCCUUGAUCACAUGAGGAGAAGCAGGAACUGGAGCUGGGCACCGGCAGUUUCUGCAGAGCAAGUCCGUGCAGGAAGUCGGAACUUCAAAGAAACAAUUAUUCCACCAUCGGUAUUCUUGCUGGGAAGUCCUUUACUCUGAGUUAGUUCCCUUGACAUCAUGGAAUAAGGUACUACUCAGCAUGAGUAAGGGAAUUAAAAUCUGGCCCUUGGUGAAUUGAACUGCAUAUUUUUUCUAUGAGAGAAAAAAGAAGCUGCCUGAAAGGAUCUUCAUUUAAACAGCAUCACAACAAGAAGCAUUUUCAGAACAGAAAUGAACAGCUGGAGAGCAAAUAACAGCUCCGUCAACAGCAAUGGAACAGAUCUCACUAUUGGCUUUAUGUCUUCUGCGAUAGCUGUCUUUUUAUUUGGGACAAAUUUUGUACCUGUUAAGAAAUUUGAUACUGGUGAUGGAAUGUUCUUCCAGUGGAUUCUCUGUGCUGCAAUAUGGAUAGUAUCAUUGGUGGUGAACCUUAUUCAGCAUAGCCCUACGUUUUGGCCUCUUGCUAUGGUUGGGGGAAGUGUAUGGGCUACAGGUAACAUUACAGUUGUCCCCAUUGUUAAAACCAUUGGUUUAGGUCUUGGACUCUUAAUCUGGGCUUCUUUUAAUUUGCUAACUGGCUGGGCAAGCUCAAGGUUCGGCUGGUUUGGAAUUGACCCAGAAGAGGUAUCAAAACCCAUCUUAAAUUAUAUUGGAGCUGGACUUUCAGUGUUAAGCACUAUCAUAUUUCUUUUUGUAAAAAGUGAAGUUCAAAGUUCUUCAACUUCAUUAGAAGCCACCCCAUUACUGAGAGAGAGUUCAGUCAACAAUUCUGAAAAUACCUGUUCUGAUGCUUCAUGGGUAGACAGUCUUUCUCCACUACGAAAAAGAGUAAUAGGCUGUACCCUAGCAGUAGUAGCUGGAAUAUUCUAUGGUUCCAGCUUUGUGCCCGUGCUGUACAUCAAGGACCAUGGUAGAAGAAAUGAAACGCUAUACAGAGGAGCAAGUCAAUUUGAUUUAGAUUAUGUCUUUGCACACUUUAGUGGAAUCUUUCUUACAAGUACCAUAUAUUUUUUGAUCUACUGUGCAGUCAUGAAAAAUAAACCUAAAGUUUACCCUGAAGCCAUAAUACCAGGGUUUGUUGCUGGUGUACUUUGGGCAAUAGCCAAUUGUUGCUGGUUCAUAGCUAAUCACUACCUCAGUGCGGUGGUCAGCUUUCCAAUAAUCACUGCUCACAGAUGCCAUAGCUCUGGGAACAUGGAGCCCACUCAGAUUACCAUGGCAAUUACGAGCACUAUAAACAUGUCACACAUUAUCAAGCAGGAUAUGCAGAACCAUAACCUGCAAGAAAAGCAAAACCAGGCAAGGAGGAGGCGACUGCAGUGCGGUGAUGAGAGUGAUGAGGACAUGGACAUAGACUUCUCACAAAGUACGGGCCCCUGCAAUGUGCACAUCAUGGUGUCAAUUGGGCAGGUUCAUGGCGUGGAACGUCAAUUCUGGGCCCGGGAAACAAGCUCAGAGUGGUGGAACCGUAUAGUGUUGCAGGUCUGGGACGAUUCCCAGUGGCUGCGAAACUUUCGCAUGCAUAAGGGCACUUUCAUGGAACUUUGUGACUUGCUUUCCCCUGCCCUGAAGUGCAAGAAUACCAAGAUGAGAGCAGCCCUCACAAUUCACAAGCGAGUGGCGAUAGCCCUGUGGAACCUUGCAAUGCCAGACAGCUACCAGUCAGUCGGGUAUCAAUUUGGAGUGGGCAAAUCUACUGUGGGGGCUGCUGUGAUGCAAGUAGCCAACACAAUCACUGAGCUGCUGAUAUCAAGGGUAGUGACUCUGGAAAAUGUGCAGGUCAUACUGGAUGGCUUUGCUGCAAUGGGAUUCCCUAACUGUGGUGGGGCCAUAGACGGAACGCAUAUCCCUAUCUUGGGACCGGAGCACCAAGGCAACGAGUACAUAAACCAAAAGGGGUACUUUUCAAUGGUGCUGCAAGCACUGGUGGAUCACAAGGGACGUUUCACCAACAUCAACGUGGGAUGGCCGGGAAAGGUACAUGAUGAUCGCUCGCAUCUUCAGGAACUCUGGUCUGUUUCAACAGCUGCAGCAAGGGACUUUCCAGACCAGAAAAUAACCACUGGGGAUGUUGAAAUGCCUAUAGUUAUCCUUGGGGACCUAGCCUACCCCUUAAUGCCAUGGCUCAUGAAGCCGUACACAGGCACCCUGGACAGUAGUCAGGAGCUGUUCAACUACAGGCUGAGCAAGUGCAGAAUGGUGGUAGAAUGUGCAUUUGGGCAUUUAAAAGUGCGCUGAUGCAGUUUACUGACUCAGUUAGACCUCAGUGAAACCAAUAUUCCCAUUGUUAUUACUGCUUGCUGUGCGCUCCACAAUAUCUGUGAGAGCAAGGGGGAGACGUUUAUGGAGGAGUGGGAGGUUGAGGCAAAUCUCCUGGCCGCUGAUUACGAGCAGCCAGACACCAGGGUGGUUAGAAGAGUACAGGAGGGCACGGUACGCAUCAGAGAAACUUUGAAAAGCAGUUUCAGGAAUGGCUAGGCUAUGGUGUGACAGUUCUGUUGGUUUCUCCUUGAUGGAACGCCCCUUCCCCCCCCCCCCCGGGUUCAUUCUACUUUCCUGUAAGCUAAGCACCCUCCCUUCCCCCC